UCCCUCUCAGAGUCUCUCCAUUUCUUCGAAAACAAGUUUGAGAACUAUAAAGUAAUAGAAACCCAUAAAUCUUUCAAUUUUUCUCUGUCUUUUACCUUUCAUUUUCGUUCUAAUUCGACUGCUUCUUUGUUUCUGUGAUCGAUCUUUGGAUCAAAUUCGCCGUUGAUUCAAGAACCGUCACCGAUGGCGACCGCCAUGGUAGAAGAUUCGAACUUUGAAGAGGACCAGCUGGCGUCGAUGACCACUGAGGACAUCGUCAGAGCUUCCCGUCUUCUCGAUAACGAGAUUCGAAUCCUCAAGGAGGAGAUGCAGAGGACAAAUCUCGAGUUGGAUUCAUACAAGGAGAAGAUUAAGGAGAAUCAGGAGAAGAUUAAGCUUAACAAGCAGUUGCCUUACUUGGUCGGCAACAUUGUUGAGAUAUUGGAGAUGAAUCCUGAGGAUGAGGCAGAGGAGGAUGGUGCCAAUAUUGAUCUUGACUCACAGAGGAAGGGUAAAUGUGUUGUGCUGAAAACCUCUACUCGUCAGACUAUCUUUCUACCUGUGGUUGGGCUUGUUGACCCCGAUAAGUUGAAACCUGGUGAUUUGGUUGGAGUCAAUAAAGACAGUUACUUGAUAUUGGAUACCCUGCCUUCAGAGUACGAUUCUCGAGUAAAGGCUAUGGAGGUUGAUGAGAAACCAACUGAGGACUACAAUGAUAUUGGUGGCUUGGAGAAGCAGAUCCAAGAACUAGUUGAGGCCAUUGUGUUGCCCAUGACUCAUAAAGAGAGGUUUCAAAAGCUAGGCAUUCGUCCACCUAAGGGAGUGCUCUUAUAUGGGCCUCCUGGUACUGGAAAGACUUUGAUGGCUCGUGCUUGCGCAGCACAGACAAAUGCCACAUUUCUGAAGCUAGCAGGCCCACAACUGGUUCAGAUGUUCAUUGGAGACGGAGCAAAACUUGUUCGUGAUGCCUUUCAGCUUGCAAAGGAAAAAUCACCAUGCAUCAUUUUUAUAGAUGAAAUUGAUGCAAUUGGCACAAAGCGUUUUGAUAGUGAAGUGAGUGGAGAUAGGGAGGUGCAACGAACAAUGUUGGAAUUGCUUAACCAGCUUGAUGGCUUUAGCAGUGAUGAACGUAUUAAGGUGAUAGCGGCAACUAACCGAGCUGAUAUCCUUGACCCUGCUCUGAUGCGUUCUGGUCGAUUGGAUCGUAAAAUUGAGUUCCCACAUCCCAGUGAAGAAGCUAGAGCUCGAAUCCUUCAGAUCCACUCAAGGAAAAUGAACGUUCACCCAGAUGUCAAUUUUGAAGAACUUGCUCGAUCUACUGAUGAUUUCAAUGGAGCACAACUAAAAGCUGUUUGUGUGGAGGCAGGCAUGCUUGCUCUUCGCCGUGAUGCAACUGAGGUGAACCAUGAAGAUUUCAAUGAAGGUAUCAUUCAGGUUCAAGCUAAGAAGAAGGCAAGCUUAAAUUACUAUGCAUAAGUGGGACGGAGCAUUUCACUGUGAAGAAGGGACCUUUUGAGCCAAUGUCAAGGGGGUGGCUGAGCAGUUUACAGUCUGAGAGAAGGUGCCUUUCAAGCCAAGUCCAGGAGGUGGCUUCUUCAUGCUGAGAAUUUGUUUAUACACGUACUUGACUGCCCAGCUGUUUUGGGCUAGGCUUUUCUUUCUUCUGCAGUUCAUUUUAUUUGAACCCUGCUAUACUCAGGUUGUUUAGCAACAGAUUAAGAAAAAAGGCUGACUUGGGACAUCCCGAAAUCUUUUUUAUGCCAAUGUCUCUGGUUACUGAAUUCUGAUGCCCAUGCAUGGAGGAUGUGUAGUGAAAGGAAUGUCUUAAGUGCAUUAGAUAAAAUAUUUAAUGUGACCGUACUCUCAUUAUUAAAAUCUGAAAAGGUUUUUUCUAUA